AUGGCAAAUCCUUUUACCACACACGGCAUGCGUGCCCCUCCCAGGGGACUUCGCAAGUGUUUACAAAAAAUAAGCUACUCUACUAUACCGGGCGUGAUCAACGUAGGUGCUAAGGUCGAUAUGAGGACCCUUCUUUACACAUGCUACUAUGCUGGUAAGGCGUCUUCGAUUUGUAGUCAUCCGCCGUCCGGGCCGUUAUCUGUGGGCAUAUUGAACAGUAGCCCAUUAAAAAAUCAGAUGAAUGGACGCUUAUGUUGUGGUGAAUCCCUCACACCGUUAGCAUCGCGCCCCUUGACGCCCAUCGUGCGAACUGCCUCCAGCUUCACGCGCGGUGCAUCCACGCUGAGGUUUGCAAUGGCUUCCUGUGCGCCUUUCCACCUUCACGCUACGUUGCCAGCUCUGCAUGCCUCGCUCUGCGGUUAUCAUCAUCACACCAGUGCCGCAGUAGGACGGCCGAACGGCACCCUUCAGGCCCCAAAGACGGAUAAAAAUCAGCUCCAAAACGUAAGCAGCAUUGAGCAGUACAAAGUGGAUGAAGAGGAAAAAAAGCAAGAGGAAGAAGAUCCCUUUUCUCGCUCUUCUGGUCCCGGUUAUCUACCAUUUCCACCUCCCUUUCAUACUAUCAAUAUCAUCAUGUUCCUCUUCAUCGCCAACGUUGUGUGCUAUUUUGCGAUGAUGCUCGGAAACGAUGACGUACGGGAUUUUUUGGUGGAUCAUUUAACUUUAUCGCAUGAAAACUUCGGCCGUGUGUACCCCAUCUUUACGAAUGCCUUCUACCAGGAGAACCUACUACAGCUGCUCAUCGACUGUUGGUUGUUAUGGCAGUUCGGUGAUACGAUGCUGGGAUUCCUCGGGAAUACACGCAUGAUGUUCUUCGCGAUGCUCUGCACGCUCGGCGGUAGUCUGCUCCACGUUGCGCGGCAAAAGUUUGAACUAACCUACGGCAUGGAUGAGUUGGAGGUUCGUGGUCGAUGCUACGGGCCCAAUACAAUCAUCAUGGGGCUUGUCGCGAUGGAGGGGUUGAUUUUCCGGCAUUUGAACUUCAUCCAGCAGCCACCGAUUCCGUUUCUGGUGCUUACCGCGUUUGUAAUGGUCAUUGAUGUAUGGCGAAUCUUCACAACACGGCCAGAGGAGCACGGCGCGUCGACUGGCGGCGCGCUCAUGGCGUACCUAUUCUGGGCUUUACCAACGCGUAUGCUAGGCUUAGAUAAGCUGACAGCGACGAUCUAG